AUGCCCGCAGAACUUAAGCAGUACACGAUGGCGGAAGUGGAGAGCUGCGACGGGAAACCUGGCCACCAGGCUUGGCUGGUUAUCCGAGACAACGUGUACGAUGUUACCCGGUACCUGGAAGAGCAUCCCGGCAGCAGCGAACUGAUCGUCGAGUGGGCCGGAAAGGACGGUACGAAGGCAUUCGAAGACUUUGGCCAUUCCUCCGAUGCACUACGCACGCUGCGAACGCUCCAGAUUGGUGUGCUAGUGGAGCAAGAUCAUGCCAAAAACCGGAAGGCAAGAGCUGCCAAGGCUGUCACCAUUACGGAUUCCUUUACGGAUGAACCACUGCUAAAGAAGCGCAGCAAACGGCGAAUGUUUAUCCUUUGCGGUUGA